UAGCUAAAUUAGACACAAUUCAAUAUUCUUUUGAGAUGCCUGAAACUUCAUAUUUCCUUCCAGCUCUCUUGAAAAAAUUUACAAAAUUAGAAAAAAUGCUUAAAGAAAUUAAGAGCAAGUAUGAGAAUUAUAUAAACAAUGCUUAUCAACAUGAAUUUAAGAGAGGAUAUUUAACUCCAGAAUGUAAUAUUAGCAAUGUCAGUGAUAUUCAUAUCAUUAAUACUAAUGAAAUAACUCCUAAAAAAAUCCUGCCAGAUGAAAAAAAACAUUAA